CGGUCCUCCCCCAUUGAGAAAAGUCACUUGACUCCUCACGCGACAUCACAAGAAACAGUCGAAGAAGAAAAAAAAGAGCAGACGUCGGCCAUGGUGUCCGCGGGUUUCCAGAUCCUGGGCGCCGCCCUAGGCCUGAUCGGUUGGAUCGGUGCCAUCGUGGUGUGCGCGCUGCCCAUGUGGCGCGUGACGGCCUUCAUCGGAAGCAACAUUGUGACGGCGCAGACGUCAUGGGAGGGCGUCUGGAUGAGCUGCGUGGUCCAGAGCACGGGGCAGAUGCAGUGCAAGGUCUACGACUCCAUGCUGGCCCUCAGCUCCGACCUCCAGGCGGCACGGGCCCUGCUGAUCAUCACCAUCAUGGUGGGCAUCCUGGCCAUCCUGCUGGCGGUGGCGGGUGGCAAGUGCACCAACUGCGUGAAGGACCCGGCAGCCAAGGUCAAGGUGGGCUUGGCGGGCGGGGUGGUCUUCAUCGUGGCCGGCGUGCUGCUGCUGAUCCCCGUGUGCUGGACGGCGCACACGGUGGUGCGCGACUUCUACAACCCGCUGGUGUCCAGCGCCCAGAAGCGAGAGCUGGGCGCCGCCCUCUACAUCGGCUGGGGGGCAGCCGCCCUCAUGAUUGUAGGAGGCAGCAUGCUGUGCUGUAAUUGCCCCCGCAAGGAUGAGGGCUCGUACGCCGCGCGCUACAAGGCGGCACGCUCCGACGUCUCGGCCCCCACGUCCGGCAAGGACUACGUCUAGACGUCCUUCCCAAGGAGCGCCACCAAACCAAAGGCCACCCGGCUUCUUCACCGGGUGCCUUCCUCUACCUUGAACUGGCCCACAUAGAGAAUUGUGCCACCUGAUGAGAUCAAAUUGGAUAGUUAAGAAUAGUUGAUCUGGACGACGAGACGAGCCCUUAGUGGCCGCCAUCUUGGCCAGGAAAGCCGGAGGCCCAAAAAGUCAACAAGUUGAUGGGGGGGAAUCCCCCCUGCAGGAAGCGCAACUUUUUUUGUCCUUUCGCCAUGUUUUUACUUUGACAAAUGCAAGCAAGCUUCUCUUUUGUGUCAUUUUGUACCACAUGUAAAUAAAUCUUUCAUUUACUAAUCG